ACCCUGCUGCAGAUGUGGCGGCUGGAGCUACACAUGUUACCGGGUUGGAUAUAAGCUAGGAGAUGCUGUGGCUGCUGCUGCUCACCGUGCUAGCCCUUCUGCAUAACGCCCGGGCUAAAACCGUACAUGGCAGCUUUGACAGCGCCCUUGCGUGGCAUAACCGUGGGCAGCACAUUGUCACCUUUUUGUUCCACGGUGAUCAAGCUGUGCUUUGUGUCAGGAUCACCAAUGUUGCAGCCGCAGUUGGCAAAGAAGCCGCUAUCUACUUGUAUCAAGAUGAGGAAUGGGUGAAAAUGCAGAGGACUAUGGAGGAAUACAGCUGUCCCGAGAGGCUUUCGCUAGCGUACGUUUCAAUACCCUUGAAUCAAACAGAAUAUAACUACACCCUACCACAGAUUGUGUCCCCGAAAGCAUGGUAUGCCAUUUAUGCAGACAGAUAUACAUGCUUGAUGAGCUAUGAAGACCCUAACACAGAUGACAUAACAUUUGAAGUCACGCUACUGAAUCCUGAUGCAGCAGGGAAUCCAUUUGAUCAUUUUGGGGCAGAUGAAUCAGGACUACAUGAGUUCUUUUUCCUCUUGGUGCUGGUAUACUUCGUGGUCGCUUGUAUUUAUAUCCAAGCUCUCUGGCAGACUGUUAAGAAAGGUGGCCCGAUGCAUACGGUGCUCAAAGUUUUGUCAAAUGCACUACUUUUGCAGGCCGUGUCUGCCUUUGCAAAUUAUCUGCACUUCUCAAGGUAUGCUAAAGAUGGUAAAGGAAUACCUCUUAUUGGCAGUUUGGCCGAAUUGUGUGACAUAGCCUCGGAGGUGCAGAUGUUAUACUUGCUGCUAAGCCUAUGCAUGGGUUGGACUCUCAGCAGAAUGAAGAAAUCUCAGGGAAGGCCACUUCAGUGGGAUUCUACUCCCACAUCCACUGGCUUUGCUGUGGUGGCUGUCUCGGCACAGAUUAUUUUGCUAAUUUGGGAACAGUUUGAAGACACAGAUCACCACAGUUACCAUGCUCAUCGGAGCUUGGCAGGGACACUCCUUAUUGCAUUGAAAAUGUGCCUCGCUCUGUCACUGGCUUGUGGCUUGUACCGCAUCAUAACCAUGGAGAGGAACACAAUGAAGAGACAGUUCUAUAUCACAUUUGCAAAAGGCUGCUUCUUGUGGUUUUUGUGCCACCCGUUUUUUGUGGCCAUUUCCUACAUGUUUAAUGAGUAUCAAAGAGAAAAGAUGAUAACGGUUGGCGUCAUCCUUUCCCAGUCACUUUCUAUGGUUAUCCUCUACAGACUUUUUCUGUCCCAUAGCCUUUACUGGGAAGUGUCCUCUCUUUCAUCAGUAACACUUCCCUUAACAGUAUCAUCAGGACACAAAAGUCGAUAUUACUCUUGACAUUGUCAAAUAUGGCAGCAUAAGGCUGUAGCCCACCAAUGGACUCCACAGCAUCAGGGAAGACUACAGUUUCUACAUGAAUAAUCCAUGUAGUAUUCUAUUGGAUUCCUCUAUUCAUAUGGUGCUAAAGGAUGCUUUGUUUUCCGGAACCUAGCAUGGAUUUGCGUACUCUGGUUUUAAAUUGGCAUCUGUGUCUUUGUGAGCUUAUAUGUGUAUUAGUGGGUGAAAACCAAUUAAUUCUUAAGACGGUUUAAUGUAAAAAUGGGUUAAGAAAUCCAUUGUGUCCAUUUGCAUUUCAACAUCCCAUUUCCUUUUAAGAUUUUGAAACAUUUAUUCCAGAAGACACAUAAUGGACUCUGCGCUUACGGCAACCAUGCCACUAUAGCUAAUUAAAUGAAAGAAUAAUGUUGUGAGCAUUGA